AUGGGCUCGUUGGCGGUGCCCGAGAGGCUCAACGCUUUUGCCGGACUGAAAUACCAAGUCAUCAUGCGCUCGAUUCUAAGCCCAGCUAUCAUUUCCUUAUUCCUCGCCCUCGAGAUUCAGGCCCAGGAAGUUGAACGCAGCGGGUCGAGCGGAUCACGCGCUCGCCACGCGCCGGGCACUGGCCAAGUUCCCGCCGAGCUGUACACACGCUACAUCCAGCGGGAACCACGACGGAACGAGCGCUUGACCGCCGACCCGAAGCAAGUCGAAGCCGCGGAGACGAUGUUGAUCGGCCUGAUUGGACCGCGAGGGGCGGGGAAGAAGACGAUCGCCGAGGAGCUCGUGCGCCGGCACUCGUUCCGGCUGCUCUCCAUCGACCCCGGGCCAGCAGCGACUAGCACCAUGGCGGCUGGACCCGAAGAGGAGAAGCCGGGCCAGGCCGGAUCCGCCGACCCCGCCUCCUCCCCCCAGAUCGUCUUCUCCUCCGCCCAGGAACUCCUCGACUUCUCGACCUCCAACUGGACCCACCAUUUCGUCACCCUCGAUCUUCGCUCCAAAGCAGACAUCGUGCCCUUCGUCAAACGCCCAUCCUUCGUCCUCGUCUUCGUCCAGGCCAGACUCCUCGACCGUUGGGCUAGGACGCUCUCCAUCGCUCAAAACCCUUCCUCCCUGUAA